AACUGCUGACCCGAUGGACAAAGACUACACGUGGCCGUUUACCAUUGGCCACUUCCAAAGACGGCAUUGGAACCCAUAAAACAAAAACUGCAACAAAUAAUUCGCCAAUGGUAAUGAAAGUAGUAACCAACUUCAAGUAGAAUGAGAGAUAGAGAGUAGCCAAAAUGGGCAUAUGGAGAAACGAGAUUUCAGAAGAAGCAAAGAAGCAGCUAUGGCUAUCAGGGCCAAUGGUAUUUGUGAGUGUGUUUCAAUACAGUUUACAAAUGAUAUCUCUCAUGUUUGUAGGCCAUUUGGACGAGUUGCUUCUAGCUGGUGUUUCUCUGGCUACUUCAUUUGUAAAUGUCACUGGUUUCAGUGUGCUGGUAUGUCAAGUGCACUUGACACAUUUUGUGGUCAAUCAUAUGGAGCACAGCAGUAUCAUAUGGUUGGCAUACACAUGCAGAGAGCCAUAGUGAUCAUCAUGCUUGCUACUAUACCAAUGUCUUUUAUUUGGGCAUACUUGAGGCCUAUUCUGGUUGUUCUGCAUCAAGACAAAACAAUUGCAGCACAAGCUCAACUAUAUGCCACAUACUUGAUCCCAAGCCUUUCAGCCAACGCUCUUCUUCGGUGCAUUACUAAGUUCCUACAAACCCAGAACAUUGUCCUUCCAAUGAUGCUAGCUUCUGGAUUCACUACCUUAGCACAUGCCCUUCUCUGUUGGCUUUUGGUUCUAAAAUUUGGGCUUGGCAUCAAAGGAGCUGCCAUUGCAUUUUGCAUUUCAAAUUGGCUUAACACGGUGCUACUAGCACUUUACAUCAGGUUCUCCUCUUCCUGCAAAAGCACUUGGACUGGUUUCUCAAGGGAAUCCUUGCAGAACAUUCCUCAAUUUCUCAGUCUUGCUUUUCCUUCAGCACUCAUGGUCUGUCUAGAACAAUGGACUUUUCAGAUAAUGGUACUCCUAUCUGGGGCUCUUCCUAAUCCAAAAUUGCAAACAUCAGUGCUUUCUAUAUGCUUUAAUACAACUGGUCUGUUUUGGAUGAUACCAUUUGGGGUCAGCGUUGCUGCAAGUACAAGGAUAUCAAAUGAACUAGGGGCUGGCUGUCCAAAAGCUGCAUAUUUAGCGGUUAAAGUCACCUUGUUAAUGUCCUUCGUGGUUGGGGCUUUAGGAUUUAUUCUUCUCAUGGUCACAAGAAACAUUUGGGGGCAUAUUUUUACCAAUAUACCUGAAGUAAUCCGUUAUGUGGCAUCCAUGACACCAAUUCUUGCAAGCUCUGUCUUUGUAGAUUCAAUUCAAACAGCAUUAUCAGGUAUUGUAAGAGGAUGUGGUUGGCAGAAGCUUGGUGCAUUUGUCAAUCUUGGAUCUUAUUAUCUUGUGGGGCUUCCCUUUGCAAUUGUGUUGGCUUUUGUCCUCCAUAUCAAAGGAGAGGGGCUCCUUUUAGGGAUUGUGAUUGCACUUACUAUGCAAGUGGUGGGUUUCCUUGUCAUCACGUUGCGCACCAAUUGGGAGAAAGAAGCAAAUAAGGCAGCAAAAAGAAUAAGAAGCAACGGAGUGCCAACUGAUGCAAAUGCACUGCCAAGAGACCAAAAUGAAAAUCUUCGACAGUUGAACAGUAAUUAUGCUUAGUGAUUCUGAUUAUUUAGAAAAGCAGUUUUUAGUGAACAUUUUUUUUGGUACAACUAUUUUGUAUAUAAAAGGAAAGUGCCCUCGUAGAUUCAUAAUUAGGCUGUUAAAAUCAAACCAAAGACUAAAUUAGCAGUGGGAGAAUGAAUGGUUCACAAUUUAAUAGAA